AAUGGGCUUAUGUUUCGUGGAGACUCUCAUCACAGCUACUCUCGGUUACAAAGCUACUUUUAUCGUGAGCUGCGUUGUUACCUCAUUGUCUUGCCUGUUGUACUCCCUGCUGACCGUUUACAGCGAUUUCGCCAGUGAGAACCCAGUUCUGGUCUACAUUACUCAGCUCUUCCUUUCAUGUGCGAACUGGAUCGCGUCUUUAGCAAUCAUUCGUUUCAACAUACAACUGUUCCCUCGCGCUCACACUGGCAAGUUGAUCGCUGUGAUUUGGUCCAUGUAUUGUCUGGCGAAGAUUUUUUUCGCUGGAUCUAUGAACUUUUUCUUUCGGGAUAAUUUCCCUGCAUUUUUCCUCACAAUAGCCAUCGCCUCGACUGUUUUGUUCGUGCCAUGUUUUCUUCUGUUGCAUAAAUUUAUCACCAUAAGCAAAGAACAGUCGAUUUUGGAAUGGGCAAGGAAUGACUCUAAAACUGGGUAUCAAGCAAUGGACAAAAAAGAGUCUGUGCCAAAGGAACAAGUUGAGCAUUUCACUUCGCCAAGAACGGUGCUCCGCUCCAGAUAUUUUCAUUUCAUGUUUUGGUCGAGCGUGGCGUUCUACUCAUGCGCACUAAGUUGUAUGAAUAACAUCACCAUCAUGGCUCAUUCGGCAAAAGUGGCAAACCCUCUGACGACUGUGUAUUUGUUAUCCGUGUCAAUUUUAAUCCCCAGAUUCAGCUUUGGAUUCAUCUUCGACAAGUUUCGCUUUGAACUCUGUGGAUUUCUGCUGCUGGCUAUUUGCUAUUUCAGCCUAGCCGCGGCCGUUGGGAUUGGCAUGGUGUGGUUUACCGUCCAUUCCGUUUAUCUAAUGACAGUAUUCAUUGGGAUAGCAGUUGGACCGAGCUCCACGAUUGCUAUUGCAAUGCUUGUCUUCCGUUUUGGACGCAGUCACAUCAGUGUCCUAUCAUCAUCGUUUUACUUUUGUCUGGCCAUGUCACAGCUACUAUUACAGCUAUUAAUCGGCUUCAUUUACGACAACAAAGCAUUUAGCCGUAAAAGAACUAAUGAUUCUUGUGAAGGGAAAAGUUGUUUUUUCUGGUCAUUCUUCACAAUGUUAGUCAUUAUCGUAAUAUGCAUUGCGAUCCAAGUUGUGAACUAUUUUUGGGUAAUUUAUUUGGCCGAAAAGAAAACGGAAAACUCAGCAGUGGAAAACUCUGACGAAGACGAAGAAAACAAAAUGUUAUUGUGUGACAAACAGAAUGGGAUGUGAUACCACCUUUGAGAUGUACAAAAACUUUUACUGAUUUACAACGACUGAUAAGUCUGAGUUGCCAUAAGCGGUUUUUGAAGGGCGAGCCUAUUCUGCUUGCUGACCCAUGUGCUUCCUUGUUUGGAUGUUUUUUGUUUUGUUUGUGUUUUCUUCAGAAAAGAUGAAUCAGACUGCAUGUUAAACAAUGUUAAAAUGUAGCUGGUGUUGUUGAUAGUUUGUUUCCAGAAUAAAGCUUUAUGGAUGUCAACAUAAUGUGAAAAGAAAAGUCCUUAGCAAUUACUGAUGCUUUAAUACCUAAUAUACUACAGGUUUGUUUUUAUUGACCUGAGUGAGGUGUGUAUAGGUCGCCAUGUCAGCAAGUCGAUGGGUCAUAUUUUUGACAUCCUACUUUUUGACAUCCUACUUUUUGACAUUGGCUGUCCAGUUACUAAGGGGUGUAUAAAGUUUAAGGCGACAUCAAUUUCUUGCGGAAUGCCCCAACUGUUGGAAGCGUGUAUUUUUAUCUUAUUUUUAGUCAUUUUGUGGAAAUAAUCAGGAUUUUUGAAUCCGAUGCUCCAAAUCAGCGCCAAAUAAAGUGAUUCUUGCUCAAAUGGCGAUUUUUUUCUUCUUGAGGCAAGUUUCACUGUUAUACCUCUGACUGUGUGGAGAUGAUGUUUUGAGAGAGACAUGGUGUUUGGGUCUUGUGACGCGAACAACAGUUAUAAUAUCAUCUAUUUAACAAAAAAAUUAUAAAAUUAUAAAACUGAAAUAAUGCUUUUCUCCACAGGUAAUAAACAUUUGCUUUUCUAACACUCAAAUAACUUCCCAGAAAUAAUUACUGACAUAAUCUCUAAAAUAAAAUACUAAUAUGUCUGAGGUUUCAGGUGAGAUCUGUGAAGUACCUCGAGCACGUUUUUUUUUUCAACUCGUGUCCGCUUUACUCCUCCCAUGAACCCCACCGUCCUCGUAAGAGAGACACAUAUUUGGAUAUAUAUGACGUAAUUAUACAACAAAAUAGAUAAAAAAUAUUGUAUAUAUAUUAUAUAUCUGUACAACGAUCAUGAUACAGUUUAUGUACAUGUAUAUACAACGAAAAAACAUGUGGUUAAGUGCCUCAGGGAUUAAAAUUUGUAGCGCAUCAAGGUAUUCCGUAUGUAAGACAGUAAGUGAAUGUACCUGCGUAAAAACAGUAUACCAUCUUGUUUGUAUAGAGACCGGAUGGGACAAUGUCAUGACCUCAAAUUGCAUUAGCCCCUAUCCCUGUCUCUAUUAUUGCAUAGGUUAAUGAUUGUCUGUGGGAGUCAAACUACUGGGCUAUAGGCCUACAUAUAUUUAGACAAGCACUGGUCCCCUAAACUAAUUUAAUAGCAACCAUGUAACUGAUGCGCAUUACUGUAUAAGCAGACGUGAAGCAUUUCAUACAUUUCACGGUUGCGGAAUUUCGCACACAGAGCGUGUACCUAGAUAUGGCCCGCACUAAGGCUAUUCUCCAAUGACAGUAUAUUAUGUGGAACAGACAACUAACCUGGUCCAAACGAGGCCACCCACAUGUAAGUAUGCAUUAACGAUGACGUCUUCUGUUAUAUUUAAUGGUCUAAAAUUGCUAAAGUCUUAAAAAAUCGUAUCGCUCAGAAACUCGUAUGCGCACAAAUUCAUUUUAACACAAUUCCGGUUUCAAUUUAACACGUUUUCACACUCUGUAGCUAAUAUGGUUUGAAUAUUAUCCAAUUUGUCAGUUUGCUAGGAGUUUAACAUAACUUUUAACGUUACUUUAAUCUCAUCAUUACGUGAGUUCACGAGGUGUUACCUUGCAACAGGGCAGUUUUUCCAGGCAACUAAUAUUGCCACAUUUAUGGACUCAGAUCUAAACGAGAUUAAGAAACAUGGAAAACUAUGAGAAUAGCAAUCUUAGCACUCAGCAUAAGGCGGUAAUCCAAGAGCUGGAUACCUAUUUGGCAAACUAGUGUGACGGACAUCGACACCGUUGGCAUGAAGUUUUCCGGCGAAACAAGUAUAACACUGAAGGGGACGAAAACACAACGAAAACAUACGAAUAUUGUUUUCAGAGGACAACAGACAGAAAUGUACCAUUCUAGUUGGCCGUUUUAUCAGGCAAUAAUAUUCCGUUUUUCUUUCUAUUGAUAGAUUCUAUUAUAACAACAAGCAUUUGGGAAAAUAGUCAUUGUGAGAACUUGCUA